GGACGGGGCAGCAACACCCACGUACACACGGCUCGAGGAUGCAGAUACAGGAUCACCAGUUCACUCCUCUUUGAUAUGUGUUUCGUCAUGCGAAUUGCUUUCCUACUUGCUCGCCGACACGAUGGACUCUUUUUCCGCCCUGGCCAUCACCUCCAUUCCAUCGCUGGCCUUGUCCCCUUUCAGCGAUCGCAGACAGAACGGUCACAGCAUCCAAGUUGCUCUGGGCCCGCUUGUGACGAAUUUCCCAUCCGCCUUCUAUAGGACGAUCUGCAGAUCAGCGCGCGGGGCGCGAACAGACUCGGCCGUGCUUGCAGCGUUGGACCCGCCCUUCAUCGUCCAUGAACUCGAAUCGCUGGGUCAGGGAGGCUCAUAUAUCGCGCGCGCGCCUGAUCUGGAUAGUAGGGGCGUGGGCAUGUGACAGUUUCGUAACAAUCCGGGCUCGAACCCGCGCAAAUGCAGCGGGAGGCGGCGCAACGCGGAGAAGGGGGUGACGAAAUCGCGCCUUCUCCCUCUUUCAG